AUGGUGGCCAAACUUUUUUUGCUGGCUGUUGCAUUAAGUUGUUUGUCGCCAAGUGAGGCAAUUUUCAAAAAACUUUUAAGUAUCAGCACAACAGCUGCACCGAUUAAUCCAACCACUACCACAAUUACAAUUAUACCGUCAAAUACUUCACCUUCUACAUCGACUUACACACCAACACCGUCAAUCACAACAACUCCAUCUACUUCGCCAUCUAUAACAACAACCCCCUCCACAUCAUCAUCUCCCACGACGACAACCGCAAGAGAGAGUCGUUCAUUGGCUGAUGAGGAUGAUGGUGCUAGAAGACGCAGACGGGUUCGAGGGGGACGCCGUCGACGAAGACGUGGUGGUAGACGAGGAAGGCGUGGCAGACGUGGCGGUAGAAGGCGUAAUAGAUUAGGUUGA